AUGACAUCAGGCGCCUCCUUGGCGUCGAAGGUCGGAGAGUCGACGGUUGCGGACCUCCAACAGGUGAUAGGUGACUUGUCUCCGACUGAACUCGAGAAGUUCAAGGUGGCAUUGGACGAGGCGACUACUGCGGCAAGGAAGAAGCAAGCCCGCCGCAGAGUGAAAU